ACAAAUUACAAUCCAUCCAGAACCCGAAUCUGAGUUGAGCCCACAACGUUACAAUCAUUUACUAGUCAUACCUAGCUACACUUGUUCUAUCAAUACUUUGCGGAUAUAGCAUCACCAUUCUCGUGAACUUAACUACACUAAGGCACAUACAUUCCACCUUCGUGUUAUUUUUACCAGAUUCACCAGUUCCCAACUUUCUUCAAUUAGUGCGCCAGCUAUACUCUUAGUCGAGGAAAGUAACUACUCCACAUAGAAUCUACAGUUUUAACGCUUUCAACUAAAUAUAGCUCCUUAGCUACAUUUGGCAUAUUUAGCAUCCUCAACCCACACCCAAUGCUCGCAGAGAUAGAUUCGCCCGACACUGAGCCAUCCGAAGUUUUUACAGACACAGACUCUACCAUGAACAUUGAAUCCUUAGAAUCGCUCAUUAACCCGGUGCGGUCGCUCGGGUACCUCCUCCUCCUCACGGUUACCAUCGGGGGCCUUCAGCUCGCGUGGUGCACGGAGUUCUCUUCUGGAACGCCAUUCCUCUUGUCGUUAGGCGUCAGUAAACACACGCUCGCGCUCAUCUGGAUCGCGGGCCCGUUGUCUGGCACGCUCGGCCAGCCGAUGGCGGGCAUUUUAAGCGACAACUGCACAUACCAUGGAGGUCGCCGAAAGCCGUUCAUAUGGGCUGGCUGCAUAGCCACAACGUUUUCGUUGUGGUACUUGAGCCACUCGACCGAAAUUGUCGGCUGGUUUUUGCGCUCCACCGAUGAAUCGUACAUCAAGUCCAAAACCAUUCCUUUCGCUGCUUUUGGCAUCUACUUGCUCGACUUCUCCAUCAGUUGCAUCCAGGCCGCCGUGCGUGCGUUUAUCGUUGACAAUGUUCCCACCUCGCAACAGCAGAUUGCCAACGCCUGGGCUGCACGUAUGAUUGGCGCCUUCAACAUCUUUGGCUAUUUCCUCGGCUCGAUCAAACUCACUGAGGUGUUGCCGUCUUUCCUUGGAAAUAACCAGUUCAAGGUGCUCUCGUCGUGUGCGGCGCUCACGCUAAUUGUCACCACAGUGGCUUCGACGUCUUACAUCCAGGAGCGCAACCCGCGCACCGACGCUUUGAUCAAGCAAGAGCACCGCAAGCAGCGAAAGGUGAUGCAAACCAUGGGCUUGAAUCCAGAUAAGUUGACAUUUACAUCCACAGUCGAGUUGUUCUUCAAGCAGACCCUAUCGUCUAUCAUGCGCUUGCCCCCGCAGGUGGCUAUGAUCAACUGGGUCGAGUUUUGCGCCUGGGUCGGCUACUUCCCGAUGCUCUUCUAUACUACCACGUAUGUCGGUGAUUUGUACACCCACGAGGUGUUGGCAGGCCGGCCCCUCAGUGAUUUACUUCCAGACGAGCGAACCGCGCUCGCGGAAGGCGCCACCAGACGUGGGUCGGUUGCUUUGCUCUGGCAGGCGAUUAUCACUCUCGCCAUUGAUUUGCUUUUGCCGGUAUUGAUUAAACCCCAUGGGGGGCGCAAAGAACCGGUCGCGGACGGUAUUUUGGCGCGUACGCAGGAGUAUUUGGACCGUGUGUCAGUACGCAACAUCUGGCUCGCUUCCCAUGUCGUUUUUGUUCUCUGCAUGGUGUCCACGUUCUUGAUUGACAGCAGUACCAAGGCCAUCGUGAUGGUGGGCUUUUUAGGCAUCCCGUGGGGAACCGCCUUGUGGGCACCGUUUGUCUUGAUUAGCGAGGAGAUAGGUCGCAUCAAGGAGAUCAAGGCGCGCGCGGCACUCAGUCCCGAACUGCACGCAAACGUUCGAAUGGACGAUUUCGGCGAGACGCCGUUGUUGCACACCAUUUCUGACUCGCUGCAACUUCCGUCCCUGGGGUAUAAGGUGCUUGCAGAGCGGUACUCUCAUUACGUAUGCGAACCCGGUAUUGUCUUGGGGGUCCACAAUAUGUUUGUGGCACUUCCGCAAAUGAUCAGCUCCUUGGUGAGCAGUCUCUUGUUCAAAAUGUUGAGCAGUGGGAGUGCGACCGAGAGCAGCGAUUCCGUCGGCUGGGUGUUCCGGUUUGGCGGUGUUGUUACCAUCGGUGCGAUUAUGUUUAACUUGAAAGUUAGGGGCUGGGAUGAGUUGCAGGAAGAUGAUGAGAGAUAUGUAAAGGAACAUGGUGAUAUCCAGUUGGGCUAGCACAUGCCAGACAUUCAUCUAACCGUGAUAUAUAUAUAUAUAUGUGUGUGUGUGUUGUAAAGAUUUGUUUGCGAGGGGGACUUGGGGUAAGCGGUAUUUGCACAGAGCGGUAAACAGCGUUUAAAGGAGUUUAAUAUGAGGGGGAAUAGUUGAGAUGAAUCCAGGCUGGGGGUGUAGGUAUUGAAAGCUGUACUGUUUUGUUUGAAUUCGCUUUGGGGUGUAUAUGACUACUGAAGAUUAAGAGAGAGAAACAUUACUAGAUAAUGAUAGAUAAAGC